CAAAGCGAUUACGAACUUGUGGAAGAGCUGGGCCUCGAGGAUUUCACCUAAUUUGCAGCGCCAGGAAUCGAGGGUGCCUUUGCUUUGUUCUGUGUGUAGCAAGGGCUGCUGCUCUGUAUCAAUCAUGGUUGUUGUUUAUCAAACACGGUGGGUCGCUCUGACGUCACUGACCCUUCUCUUCUUGCUACUGUUAUGUCUUCCAUGCUAUUUCGUCCACGCCUCCGGUUUGUUGCGCCGCCAUUCUGCCGCCAGAAUUGCUUCAGGACAGGAUAUCGAUGUCGUGUUCGCUUCAGCUCUACCGAGACCCUGGCACCACCAAAAACAAGCUUCUCGUUUACGCCGCGCUUUUUCACAACAGCUGGCGUUGCAGGGGUAGGACUAGGAACCUUCUUGGCCACCAGGUCUUCCAUUCAUUGCGAUGCCCCGAUAGCAAUGGAACCGUCAGCUCAACCCGAGGUCCUUCCACCGCCACCCUCAUCAUCCGUCUCGAUAUACGAGCUCUCCUUUGGUACCGUCGCAGGCAUAUGUUCCGGGGUAUUCAUCAAAAAGGGAGCGAAAGCAAUGGCAUUUUUCUUAGGCGGCAUCUUCGUGCUUCUCCAGUACCUCGUAUCGUUUUCUGUCAUACGCGUCGAUUGGGUAAAAAUGGGCGGACGUUUUGAGAACCUGUUCUACACAACGGACGCGACUGGUAGAAAGAAGUCACCAACACUAUACUCCUUGUUCAAAUGGGUUGUGGAUUUCUUGACGGCAGACUUUCAACCACGGGCAUCGUUCGUCGCUGGGCUUGCGCUAGGUUUGCGGUUGGGAUAAUGGCGGGCCGGGCUGGGGUAUUGAUAAUGGUACACAACGCCAAACAAUGAUCAAAUUUUCUUGUACUCUGUAUUUCUAAUUUUUCGUCCUCCAUCCGCUAUCAUGGGUCGUCGCGCUAAGAACAAGCAAGGUGCACCAGAACCAUUCGAACCAAAACACCUAGAUUCGUCUCGAAAACGAAAGGCGGGGAACGAUCUCAAUGACAAGGAGACUGCUCCCAGACCCCCCAAGAAACUGAAGGAAGCAGGUCAUGUUAAAGCAAAAGCCAAGAGCUCUAUCAAGGCCAAAACAAAGGAACCAAAGACCAAAGCA